AUGGCAGGCAUCGUCCGUUUCCUCAAUUCCCAGCUUUUCGUCACACCUGUAAAGCCCAGCGGUGAUCUUACUGGAAAGACUGUUAUCGUCACGGGCUCCAACGUCGGUCUUGGAAAAGAGGCCGCGCGUCACUUCACUCAGCUCAAUGCUUCGACUGUGAUUCUUGCCGUGCGCUCCAUCGAGAAGGGUGAAGCGGCGCGUAAGGAUAUUGAAUCGACAACAGGCCGCAACGAUGUAGUCAGAGUCAUGCAACUGGACAUGUCGUCCUACCAAUCAGUUCUCGAUUUCGCCGAAAAAGCUAGCAAAGAGUUGGAACGAGUGGAUAUUGCAGUUUUGAACGCCGGCGUGAACCGCGGCGUCUGGGAGGUCUUCGAACAAGACGAAUCAACCAUCACCGUGAACGUGGUGUCUACAUUCCUGCUGGCUUUCGCUUUAUUACCUAAGCUCAAGGAAACGGCGAACAAGUUCAACGUUAGACCCACACUUACCAUUGUCAGCUCCGAGGUGCAUGAGUGGACACCGUUCGAUGAGAGGAAUGCACCCGAGGGUAAACUCUUCGAGAGACUGAAUGAGAAGGUUGUCGAUGGAAAGGAAGUUGGACUCGGCAAUCGAUACCAGGUCAGCAAGCUCAUGGAAGUACUAUUCGUCCGCGCAUUCUGCGAGCGAUACCCGGAAUCGAAUAUUCCAGUGACGGUGAAUCUCGUUAACCCUGGCUUCUGCCACUCCGAAUUUGGUCGGGAAGGUCCAGGGUUUCUCGCCGUCAUGCGCUUUUUCCUCGCACGUACGACGGAAGUGGGAUCAAGAACUCUUGUGCACGCCGGUACUUCAGGCGUCGAGACCCAUGGAAAGUAUCUCAGCGACUGCGAGAUUACUGAACCGAGCGCUUUCGUGCGAAGCGAUGACGGAAAGAAGGGUCAAGAGAAGGUUUGGAAAGAGUUGGUGGAGAAACUUGAGGGUAUCAAGACUGGAAUCACAAAGAGCUUCUAA